AUGAGAGAUCUUGCUAGGACUAUCAUCGCAAAGUCCAAAUUUCAGAUCGACCCGCACACGCACUUGGUAGUUGGAUGGACUAUUACUCAGGAAGAAACGCUCUGGUACAUCAACAUCAACACGUCCAACCCCAACGGGCCCUCCGUAGUUGACUGGCGCACGUACAGCAACCCGGUCGAUUAUGACAUCCUGAUCGCCAUAGCGCGCUUUUAUCGAAAGCUGAACCUCGAGUUCCCCGUGUACGCGCCGUUCCAGCCCGAUGAGACCGGCCCUGGGCUGGGCGUGCAGACGAAAGACGAGGGGGUGGCGUGGAUCCGGGACCAGUCGCAGCCGACCACCAUGCACCCCACGAGAUCGUGCAGGAUAGUGCCGCGGGCGCUGGGCGGCGUGGUGAACGCGGAGUUAAAGGUGGAUGGGUUGCAGGGGCUCAGGUGGUGGACACGAGUGUGA